CUUAUGCUGCUGAAUGGGCGGGUUCUGGGCAGGUUUUCAGGAAGAAGUGGGCGGGUUUUCAGGAAGAAGUGGGCGGGUUUUCAGGAAGAAGUGGGCGGGUUUUCAGGAAGAAGUGGGCGGGUUUUUGGAAAAGUCGUUGGCAGCUGGUUGGCUGCCUUGGUUAAAAGGAGAAAACUACAAGAAAGUCACCUCAGAAUUUGCAGCUGUGAAGAAUACUUUUCUUAUUAUUUUCUAUAUAUCUUCAAAAAGAAAAUAAGUUAGCAGAUAUUUAAUCUUAAAUAACCAAGAGCUUUGCUGAACCUGAAUCCUGUAUUCAAUCAUUCAGAAGUCUGGGCCUCUUCUUCAGAUAAAGCAUGGCUAAUGCAGGGGAUGAGACGCUGGAGAUGGCAGCUCUCGGACGACCCUUCCAGCUGGGAAUGCUGUAUGACUGCCGGAAGGAUCGCCUCAUUCCAGGAAUUACUUUGUGGAACCUAGAAGAACUAAAAGGCAGCAUAAAUAAAGAAAACCAGCCGAUAACCGAGUUCAGUGUGAGCACCUCGGACUCCAUUGAAGAGAAGGCUUCUGCUUUGAAAGUGGACACUUCCCUGAAGGCGAGUCUCCUGGUUGGUUUGGUUAAAGUGGGUGGAGCUGCAAAGUACUUCGACGACAAACAGAAAUCAACAAGACAAUCCCGAAUCACUCUGCGGUACUACACAACGACACGAUUUGAGAAUCUGACCAUGAAUCACCUGGCCAAAGGGAAAGUGUCUCACCCCAGCGUGUUUGAAGACAAGACAGCGACUCACGUGGUCACCGCUGUGCUGUACGGAGCUCAGGCGUAUUUCGUAUUCGACCAGCAGAUAUCCUCAGAGGAGAACCAACACGAAAUCCACGGAAAAAUGGAGCUUGCAAUAAGUAAAAUACCUACAAUUAAAAUCAAAGGUCAAGGCUCUAUUGACUUUAAGAAAACAGAAAAAGUUGAAGUUGAAAAAUUUGAAUGUACAUUUCAUGGAGAUUUUCAUCUCAAAUCUAACCCAGCGACUUACCAAGAUGCUGUGAAAGCCUACUCAACUCUUCCAGAAUUGCUCGGGGACAAAGGAGAGAACGCAGUGCCUAUGAAGGUCUGGCUGUACCCGUUAAUCAAGCUGGACUCCAGGGCUGCCAGGCUGGAAAGGAACAUAAGUGACUACUUGGUAACAUCUGCGCAAACUGUCUUAGAGCAAUUUAAUACAAUUGAAAUGCAAAGCAACGACAUGAUAAAAGACAUUGUUACCCGAACGUUUCCUGAAGUCAAUGAGAAGAUUAAAAAACUGAAACAAAGUGGCAUGCAGUACAAGCUGAAUUUCAUGAGCAAACUCUCCACUGUGCUGCCUUCCAUCCGCGGAGGUGUGCAAGAGGAAGAAUCACUCGGAGAGAUUUUAAAAAAUCACGAAGAGUCCCCUUUUAACUUUAAAGAACAACAUGCUUGGCUGAACAUCAAAAAAAGAGAAAUCAAUACCGUGGGGGGUUGCCUUACUAAUUUAACAGACAUAAAAUCUGUAUCUUCUAUGAAUGAGCUAGACCAGGAAGAAUUAAACAAUGAGACUGAAAAUAUUGUUUGCUUUACCUUCACCUCACUGCACGAGCCAGAACCAUAUCUGGAAGAUCUAAAUAACUACCUUGAAACCCAAGCGAGUAAGAACGCUCAAAGUUCAAAUCCUAGUAAAUAUGUCCAUCAAGAGAGCAAGCAAUGGGUAAGCAACGAGACUAAACUGAAGAUAAAAAUGUAUUUGAAGGUAUUCCAGGAGAUAGUGAACAUCAACAGGGAGAAUAAGAAAACAAAAUUCUUCAUAGCUUCUAAGGAAGACCAGGAGUUUCCUGGAGCCUGCAUUCUCCUGCAUGAAAAUGGAGCAUCGAAAUACAUACAUUUCAAGAUCCCAGCAAAACCUGACGUCCCUGAGGUCUGUGAUGUCACCCAUGACAGUGCGACUCUGAAGGUGGUGCCUCCCAGUAGUGAUGCUGAUCAGAAACUAAAAUACCAUCUGGAGUAUAAGUGCAUUAAUCAGAAGGAAUGGGCAAUUCAGUCCAGCACUGAUAAAACACAGACCCUCACUGUAUCAGGAUUGAAACCGAACACAGAGUAUGAAUUUAGAUACACAGUGGAAGGGAAGUUGGGGUAUUCUGUGAGCAGUGACACAACCAGCAAAGUCAAGACAACAAGACCACCUGCACAAGCCACAGUUUUCGACGAUGACGACGAUGACGGCGAUGACGAUGACGACGAUGAUGACGACGAUGAUGACGAUGAUGACGAUGACUAUGAUGACGAUGACUAUGAUGACGAUGACUAUGAUGACGACGACAUCUGAAACGGACAAAACUACCAGGACUUCUAGGCUGCGUCGACGUUCCAGUCCUCCAUAUCUCCUUCUCAUGGAAACCGCUUGCAUCCGAGAUUGGACUUUGCUUUAAACUUUGUCGCUGCACUAAAUCUUCCACAUGGUAAAGAGAUCGCAUCCGUUUUAGAUACGGACAUAAGUGAUUGUAAUCCUUUUUUUAUCAGUGUAUUCUUGUGUAAUCAAUUCCUGUAUUUGAGUGGUGGUUUGUUUGUUUUAUUGUAUUUUGUUUUCAUAUACAAAGCUUCAGACUUUAUUGUGUGUGCUUCGUGAAAGUGCUUUGUAUAUUUUAUCUUUGGUGUUUUUGAUUUGUUUUAUUGUAUUUUAUUUUAAUAUGAAAAGCUCCCGAUUUUAGACUACAUCAUUUUUUUGUUUUAAUAUUAUGUUAGUUGCUUUGUGUAUUUUUUGAAUUGCCCAAAAUAAACAUUUUAAAACUUAUUCUGUUUGCUUGUUCUCCCUGUCUUGU